AAUCUUAUGGCCUUACCAAUGAAAAAAGUCACCAAGGAGACGGGAUUCCUUGCUGAGGCGAAAAAUUGGAUGGCUGAAAGGAUAGCAAACAACUUACUUGCUUCACGUCUUGGAACUCACGAUAGCGACAGUGAGGACGAGCAAGAGGAGCAGGAACAUCAAAAGACUAAGGAGGAACAAACAAUUGUGAAGAUGAUUAUUAAUGUCGUUUUAUUGCAACAUGCACGUGGUGUAAUUGCGUACUAA